GGAACAAGCUAGCCUAUGCCACCAUCAAUGAUACCACUGUAGACCUCAUGUCAUGGCCUUAUUAUGGGAAUGAGAAGGUACCAAAGAACCAGUACACUAAACUAGAGACAGUUAGAUACCCCAAACCUGGUCGACCCAACCCAACCAUCAAACUUUAUUACAUCAAUUUAAGUCAAUUACAAUCGUAUAAUGAAAGUCGUGUUCAGGAGCUAACCGUUCAUUUAAAACCACCAAAAGAUAUUCUGGAUUUGGGUGACCAUUACAUGACAACCUGUAAAUGGAUUGAUGAUGAUGUAUUGACCAUAAAUUGGAUGACCAGGGCACAAAAUUUCUCAGUCAUGACAAGCUAUAACACUCAAACGUUUGAACCUAUCUCCAAUUUUAAACUGCAAACAAGCAAUGGUUGGAUUGACUUAUUCACUGAACCUGUGGUCACACUUGACAAGAGCUCAUACAUCGUAAGAGUUCCCAAAAUGAGUGACAAUAAAAAGGAUGUCUUUGAACACAUCGCUGAAGUGUCUAUCAUGUCUGCCGAAUCAACAUAUUUGACUUCUGCAACCUUUCCUGAUAGUCCUGGAUCAAAGCAUUUAAUGAGCGUAUCAUUAAAUCAAUCAGCAGUAACAGCAACUCCCACGUGUCAUACCUGUCUAAUGAAUACCUAUUCGACCGAUAAAACCCAAAUCUGUCUCACAUCUAACACAAUAUUUAGUGAAAAUGCUGGAUAUUAUAUCCUAAACUGUUUGGGACCUAAUAUUCCCCGAUCAGAGAUUAGACGGACGUCUGAUGACUCUCUCAUCCAUACGCUCGAAGACAACAAACAUUUAGACUUCAAAUUAAAAGACUUAUCGCUUCCCAAAAAGAUAUCAAUGAAGGUUCCGGUGGGAGGUUAUGAGAUCGAUGUAAUGCUUAUUGUUCCGCAAGAUUUUGACGAGAAAUCACCGAAAAAAUAUCCGCUAAUAUUCAACGUUUAUGGCGGACCCGGAAGUGAUAGCGUAUCUGUGCAUCAAAAUUAUUUUUACCAUCAAUUCGGCGCUUAUUUGGUCUCAAAUAAGAGUGUUAUUUAUGCCACUUUGGACACCAGGGGCAGCCCUAAUCAUGGCUGCAAAUUCAUUCUCUCCACUUGUAUGAGACUUUCGGGCAGUUCUUUGCCCUCCAGUCGCACCGAAUUCACCAAAUUGUCGACAACUAUCACAUCGUAUUUGUUAAGCAAGAACUCCAGCACACAG